AUGGCACUCAGAGCCAAGACUCCGAGCGGAAACUUGUGGUGCCCAGGCCUCCCAUACAGGACCGCAGGCGCAGGCUCCAGGCAGACAGUGACGGAGUGGGCCUGGGAUGCAGAAGCUACCGCUUUCUGGGGCGGCUGCGAUACCGUUUGGGACGCGGCCCAGGCGCCAGCCACGUUUUGGUCACCCCAGCCCCUGCCAGACGAGCCUUUGGAAGUUCUGGUCGUGAACAGCACUGAGAGCAAGAGCUACAUCGCCCUUUGUUGGGACUUGGCAAUGGCAGACCUUGUGGCACUUGAUGUGGAGUGGGUACCAGACGUUGGUGACUCCGAUCAUCCUAUUUCGGUGAUGCAGCUGGCAUUUCCGACCUGCAGGGUCUACGUCCUGCAGCUGCACCGGAUUGGACGAACUCCUCCUCCUGUGCAGCAGAUGCUCGUGGAUCCAUGGAUUACCAAAGUUGGCUUUGGUGUGGAUUGCAAGGACGUGGAGAAGUUCGUCACCAGCGGAAUUUUCCUGUAUAGAGACUCGGUGGUCGACAUGCAGCCGUCUUGCGCGGCGCUGCUGGGGCGUCCGUCCCGGCCCGUGGGCCUCCAGCGCACGGCCUCGGAGCUGCUCCGCUACGUCCUAAGAAAGGACAUCAGCUGCAGCUGCUCGGACUGGUCCCUGCACACGCUCUCACCACAGCAGGUGAAGUACGCGGCGCUGGAUGCCUGGGUCACACUCCGUCAGCUUGAAUCCGAAUGCAAAGGUGUGUCCUGCGUGGGCGAUUCCGUGCGCUUCGUGUCUAUUGCCACGCUCUCCAAAGCUUUGGAGGUGAGCCGCCUGCUCUGCGGCCUGCAGCGGAGUUUGGUGCCAGGUGCUGACAGCAGCGUGGACUUCCUCUGCAACAAGUUCUCUGAGCUGAUUGAAAGACUCCAGAGGGCCGAGGCUGGCGAGAAGUCGGAGAUUCAAAACUGCCUGGACUUGGAGGAAACCUUGCGAUCCGAAGAGGAGACGUCGGAUGCGGAGAGGAGGCGGCUGGAAGUUGCGACGAUCUCCGCUCGGGAGGAGACUCGGAAGGUGGAGUCCAAGGUGGCAGAGUCUCAUGAGCAGCUGGGCAGCUCCCGGGAGCAGUUGGCAGCGCUUCGCAGCGAGACGGAGGCCCUCGCUGAGAAGAAGAAGGUGCUCGAAGAGCUUUGUCGCAAGGAGCGAGCGAAGGCUUGCGAAGCUCAGGGCCGGCUGCGACGCCAGCAGCUGCUUCGGCCGCAAGCCGCACAAGAUGCUCGGCGGCUGGGGGCUCAGCUGCAGUCGCUGAACCUUCGCUGCGCAGCCGUGGUCGCAGAGAUUGAUGGUCUUGAGGGACGCACCUUCAAGGAGGAGGAGAGCCAGGCGAGGAUGAAGUCCGAGCUCCUUGCCGAGGAGGAGGCACAGGGAGUGGUGCUGGCCAGGGCCGCACAUCAGCGGGAGGACCUGGACCAGGUGCGUGCCCGGGUGGCGACGCUACAGGAGCAACUCAGCGACCGCCAGGCUCUCCUGCAGUGCUCCACUGCCGAGCGCCAGAGGUUUGCAGAACGCUGCGUGGCCGUCGAGAUGGAGAUCGAACGACGCAGGUCAUGGAUGGAGGCUGCCAAAGAGGAGCUCGCAACGCUGCAGGAAACAGAGAGGGGUGCAGAACACGUGCAGUCCGAGACCGUGCAGUUGCAUGCGCAGCUAAGAGUUGCGGAGGAGCAGGCCAAGCAUGUUGAGGCGCUGGCAUCCACGAAGAAGGCAGAGCUUGGCGACACCGAUGACAAGUUCAGCAAGCAGACAGAGCGAAUGCAGCAGGUGGAGCAUUCGCGAGAUCGGGUGCGAGCAGAAGCAGCCACGGCAGACGAAGAGGAGGCGCAAGUCUCGAAGCGCCUGGAGCAGCUUCGACACGAUCAGGCAGCUGCUGGGGGAAUGCGUCGGAACUUGGAGUCAGAGCUGCAGCUACUCGGCGCCGAGGCCGAGAAGCUGCGUGGAGAACUGGUCUUUCUCAGCAAGGAGAACGCAGAUGCGCAGCAGCGCCUCCACUUGGUUUCGCCUGCCAUGCAAGAGGCCCGUCGGCGUGUGAAGGACUUGGAAUUGCAGAUGCAGGCUGCGAGAGACGAGGCUUUGCAUGAGAAGGAGCUGACUCAGCGGCUCGAGCGCGAGGCCGACGUGUGUCAGGAGAAGCUGCGCGCGCUCCGAGACGAGAACGUCCGCUUGUCCGAGCAUUGCACAGAGCUCGAGGUGCGGCUGGCGGAGACAGUGAGGAGUCCAGCACGGCCCUUCCGGGAGGAGAAAGCUUCACCGGGCCUCCGGGCAAGCACUUCGAUGCGACCGUUCAGGCCAAACGCGGACGCACGGAGCAGGCCUGCAGGGCCGCCUGGAAUCCGGUCGGCUCCCACAAAAAGACCUCCAGGCCCAGGCGCCCAGGACGCUCCGGCCCCGGCCUCCAAGCUGCAGCAGAUCACGGAGUGGAUUCGGAAUGAGGAAGAACGACUUUCCAGCAGUGGCCUGAGCCAAGGCCCGAGCCUUGCCGCCUUGCCCCAGCGGCCAGGCUCUGCGUGA